GUCUCGAUCGGUGUUGUCGGCAAAGGAAUGGAUUUCACCAUUUACGAUGAUGGUGGCGUCGAAUCUUUUCUAGCUGGUCUGGAUAAGGAGGAUCGUCGUGGUGGAAGGCCACUACCUCCGGACGUCGAAGGAGAUUUAAAGGAGGUUCCGGUUGGUGAAUCUACAGCAGCUCCCCAAGAUCCAGGCAUGUCAGUUGAAAUGGACGUGGAACCACACAGUGGUAAAGACUGAUCCAAACAUGAGACAAGGUGAUUUUGAAUGUCCAUUUUCUGGUAUUGCGCGCAAUACAUUAUUAACUGGACGACAUUUUUGACACGUUACGUGACUAAAAAUUCAAUUGAUGUGGACCAGAUUUUUGAGUCAUUUUGCCUCAGGUUUCCCAUUACCAUGGUAACGCGUUGCUGUAAGAACAAUAACAUCAGCGAACUCUUAUGUAAACCUUGUUUUGAACUGUGCUUAUAUAGAGGUAGCUUAGAAAGAGAGCGAUACCUAUUGGGAUGGACCCCUUUUAUAUAGCAGUGAGUCUUUAUCGAAAACGCAACUUUAUUCAAUGUGCACAAGUGUGUACAGACAUUUUACAAGAAAAUGGCCAGCACCGGGCGGCAUGGAUACUGAAAGUUCGAGCCUUGACUCAGCGAGUGGCAUAUGAUGACACCGAGGUUUUGGAAAGUUUAGCCGAAGCCACUUCUGCCGAGAACCAUUGGACAAGAACCGCACCAAAUGGUACGUCUACGGUAGCAUCUAUCAAAACAGCUAAACGAGACAAAAGCACAGCUUCUGACAACAGACCCCCAACUCAAUGUCGACCGUUCAGUGGAGUGGUUCGUCUUAACCACAGUGGCUUAGGAGGGUCACAUGAUGUUAGUAAUAGCCAAGGUACAGCAAAAAGUCGAGCUCAAACUAGUCGGUUACUAAGUAGAUUAGGAACAGCUUCGUUGUCAACCGAAGCUGAAUCAUUCAUCAACGUGGCGCGAAUAAAUCUAGCUCAAUAUGCGGCUUCGUCUCAACUGGCCAAGCCUCUUUUUGAAUAUCUCUACUUCGUGCAAGGAGAUGUCAAAAGUGCAUUGGAACUGGCAAGUCAAGCCCAGCAAAGCGUAUCUAUUCUUCACUCGUACAACAAAAACGAGAAAAACCAUUACUGGAAAUGUGCCAUUGCUAGGUGUUUGGUACGACUGGGACUUGUUCGCCAAAUAGUUCAGACGACCUCGAAUUGGCAUAUCGAAAUGAAUAAUACAGACGGUGUGCUGCUAAUUGCAAAAUCUUAUCUGAUCAUUGAUCAACCGAUGGCAGCCCUCGAGAUAUAUAAAAUGGGUUUGAAAAAAUUUCCCAAGGAUACAGUCAUCCUAUCGGCAAUAGCUAGGAUAUACGAAGAUCUGCAAAAAUCGGAGAACUCCGUUUCGACUUACAAGGAAAUCUUAAAUUACGACUGUAGCAACACAGAAGCAGUGGCAUGUAUUGCAGCAUUCUUCUUCUAUACUGCUCAGCCGGAAUGGGCCCUUGUGCUUUACAGGCGGCUUCUUCAAAUGGGAAUACAUACUGCAGAAGUAUUCUGCAAUAUUGCCUUAUGCUGUCUAAAAACACAGCAGUUCGACAUGGUCAUUCCGUGCAUUGAAAAUGCCUUUGGUAUUGCAGUGAAAGAUGACUUGCUGGCCAUGAUAUGGUACAACGCCGGCCACGUAGGUCUGGCAACGGGAGACUUGCAACUGGCAGAGCUCUGUUGGAAACUGACCCGACGCAUUAACGCAAAUCAUUGUGAAGCCUGCAAUAAUUUGGCUGUCUUGGCUUUACUUGAUGGUAGGAUACAAGAAGGGAAAGCACUGCUGCUUGCAUCUUUGUCAUUGUGUGACGAUUUAGCUGAAGCAAAAUUUAAUCUGGAGCAACUAACAAACCAGGAUAAUGAACCAAUGGAAUGUCUAAUAUAGAGUAUUAAAAAAUA